AUGCAAAUUCCCGCAAGCAAUUACUUUCAAUCAAUUGAAAUUUUCUCGAGUAUUCUAAACAUUCAUCCAAUCGAAUAUGCAAAUGGUACACCGUUCGGCUCGAGCAAAACAUUACUACGGUUCGCGGAGGAAGGCUUGGUCAAUCGUUUUGGUGUCCCUUUGUUAAAUACUAUCAUUCUUUUGAGGAGUGGGAUCUGUGUUAUUUGGGCUCAUUAUAGACUUUUGAGGAAUAAGAGUUGUUCUACUAGUUUAGCUUUGACUUGUGCGCGAAACCAAUAUGCGAUUUCCGUGUUUUGGUGGCCAAACCCGCGUUCGUGGAAUAAAAGUAUAUGCACCAAAUGA